CAGGUCAGAUACGCGGAAAUUCAUUAUUUUUUUUAAUGUGAUUAUAUUGUGCAAUAAAUAAAUAUUAAUAAUAACAUUAAUUUAAUUUAAUUAUAUUAUUAUAAAUGUGUUUUUAAAUUGUGAUUGACUGUCAUGAAUAAUGUGUCAUAUUAAUUUGAGUUAAACAUUGUUGAGUUACAAAAAAAAAAAAAAAAAAAUUCUUUUUUUUUUCUUUAUUUAUUUUAGUUUUUAUAUUUUUUUUUAAUGUCAAAAUGAGAUUUAUUAAUAUGGGCUACUACUUUCAAUCUGUCAUGCAAGCUAUAAUAAUUAUGGAAGUGUUGAUAAUGCCUGGUUGUAUAUUAUCAAUUAUAAACAAUUAAUAAUUAUAAAAAUAAUAUAUAAACACUCCACAUUUUCUGGAUUGAUAUCAGUGAUUGUGGACUCAAAUUGAUGAUUGUUCAAGACAGUGGAUAUGCGGCAAGUAGUGGUACUUGAGCCAGCUGGCAGUGUACUUGUCAUAAGACAAACUUCAAUAAAUCAAACAGCUAAUAAUACAACAAAUAAUACAAAUAAUUUACAUUACAAUGAUAAUCAUCAAAAUAAUAAUAAUACAUUAAAUGAUCAUAAUCAAAAUCGUAUUGUUGUUGUUCGUUCGUCAUCGACAUCUUGCAUGACAACACAAAAUAAUGGAAUUUUAGUCAAUGGAAAUAUUAAUUUAAAUAAUAAUAAUAAUAGUAAUAAUAAUGUUAUUAUUAAUAAUAAUAUAAAUACAAAUAAUAGUAUUAAAAAAAAUCAAAUAACAUUGUCAUCUGAUACGGGAAGUAUUAUUUUAAAAUCAUCUGGUGAACAUCAUAAAAUUAAAAAUUAUACUGGUGAUAUUAAAACCAAUAAAGAAACGAGUCAAGAAAAACAGCAGAAUAUUGGUGGUGGUGGUGGUGGUGGUGAUGUGAAAAUUGAUGCAACGGAUAUUAUUUCUGACGGGGAUCCAAUAAAAUUACCAGAAAACUUGGAGACUCUACCGCGAGCUGAGCAUUUUCCUACUCAACGACAUCGAUGGAACACAAACGAGGAAAUUGCAGCAAUACUAAUUAGUUUUCAGAGACACGGAGAAUGGCAAUCAAGGGAAGUCAAGGUUCGUCCAAAAAGUGGCUCAAUGUUACUUUAUUCCAGAAAAAAAGUACGAUAUCGAAGAGAUGGAUAUUGUUGGAAAAAAAGAAAAGAUGGAAAAACAACUCGUGAGGAUCAUAUGAAAUUAAAAGUUCAAGGUGUCGAAUGUAUAUAUGGUUGUUAUGUACACUCAGCAAUUCUUCCCACAUUUCAUCGUCGUUGUUAUUGGUUACUCCAAAAUCCUGAUGUUGUACUCGUUCAUUAUUUAAACGUUCCAUAUCCAGAUGGUGAUGCUAAAUUAGCAGCAUUACCACCAUGUCUUGCUUUACCACCAGAUAAAAAAGAAUGGACACGUGAUGAGCUUGCAUCACAAUUAAGGCCAAUGUUUCUUGGUGGUGAUGAUGACCCAAAUAAUCCACAUUUAAAUCAACAAUCAAAUCAUCCUGUUGAUAUGAUUGUAUCACAAUUAUUGGAUAGACAAAGAGCAUCAUCAACAGCCCUAACAACAACUGCUCCACUUGCACCCCGAAGAUUAACACCAGACAAUCAGGUAACGUCAACGACUGAAGUCCAACAGCCGUCUUCAACGGGUCCAUCUGCACCACGUGUUUAUUCUCGACAUUCCCAUGUUACCCAAAAUCAACAAUCAGCUCCUUUAGUAUUGAGUCUUCAACAAAUUCAAGGAGGUGGAGGUCUUUUGAUACUUAACAGUCAACCAUAUCAUCAACAGCAACAACAACAGCAACAACAACAGCAGCAGCAACAACAACAACAGCAGCAACAACAGCAGCAACAGCAACAACAGCAACAACAACAACAUCAACAACAACAACAGCAGCAUCAGCAACAACAACAACAACAACAUCAUAAUAAUUCUCAACAACAAACACAAACAAAUCAACAAGUUGAAAUGCAAACAAUAAAUGAACAAACAUUAAUACAACAAACAAAUAAUUGUAAACAACAACAAAUACGUCAUGAUAUUGAUACUAAAGAAGGAAUAAUAAGACAGUCAUCAGAUGUACAAACAAUUCAAACAACUGGUAAUAAUACUGGUAUAACUGAUUUUGUUGAAACAUUAGAUUUUAGUCAAGAAGAUAUACAAAGAACUCUUAUGGCAAAUAUGGUAUCACCAUCACCAGCAUCAUCACCGUCAGACAAUCAUAUUAUAAAUCCAAUGGAUUUUAUUGAUCCUUCAGAGGAUGUACUUGUUAAUCUUGAUGCAUUUGAUGUAUUUGGUGAUUUACCAGAAUUACAUGAUUUUGAGACUGAACAAAUUAAAAUUGAAGAUAGAUCACAUAAUGAACAAAAUUGUCAUACUGGUGCUGCUGUACAUAUUGCUGAAUAUAGUCCAGAAUGGAGUUAUACUGAAGGUGGUGUAAAAGUUUUAGUUGCUGGUCCAUGGACAGGUGGUAGUGGAUCACAAUCAUAUUCAGUAUUAUUUGAUGCUGAACCUGUUGAAGCUUGUUUAGUUCAACCUGGUGUAUUACGUUGUCGUUGUCCAGCACAUGCACCUGGUGUUGUAUCACUUCAAGUUGCAUGUGAUGGUUUUGUUGUAUCAGAUAGUGUAGGAUUUGAAUAUAGACGUAUACCAACAAUUGAAUCAAGUCCAGAAAAAGCACUACUUGAUCGUCUUGCUGAUGUUGAAUCAAGACUUCAAGGACCUGGUUUACCAUCACCUGCAGCUCAUCUUGAAGAACGUUUAGUUGCAUAUUGUCAGGAUGCAGUUGUUCGUCCUUGGCGAGCUGGUGCUGAGCCUUUACAAUCUGGUGGUCCAACUCUUCUUCAUCUUGCUGCUGGUCUUGGUUAUUCACGUCUUGCAUGUGCUCUACUUCAUUGGCGAGCUGAAAAUCCAAGUAGUGUUCUUGAUGCCGAAGUUGAUGCUCUUCGUCAAGACUCCGCUGGACUUACUCCUCUUGCUUGGGCUUGUGCUGCUGGACAUGCUGAUACUGCUCGAAUUCUCUACCGGUGGAACGCAAUGGCCCUACGUGUGCGAGAUUGUGAUAACAGAACAGCAACUGAAUUGGCUGCAGCAAAUGGUCACAUGGAAAUAACAGAGGAAUUGAAUCGGUUGGAAGCAAGAAGACAGGAUGGACUAUUUUUGAGGCCAGCAAGUCCAAUACCAAGACGGCCAUCACAAGACAGCGGUCUCGAUUUGGCCUUGUGUGGUUCACCGCUUCUGGACAACAUGGAAUUGUUGCAAGAUGAUGACUCAUCCUUAGGCAUUGGCCAACAAGAAAUGGAGAGUACUCCAAGCUCUCAAUCGUCUGUAGGGGAGGAAGAUGCACGAGUACUGACCUUGGCCGAUCAAAUAAUUGCUGCAACACCAGAGAGAAUCAAGAGGGCCGAGGGUGAUAUAUCCUCCCCCUCCCUGCCGCAAUCACCACCACCACCGUCCUUGAUACCACUCGAGGAUACACUCAUAGAACAAAUGCCACUAGAUACCGGCGAAUUGUUCGAAUCUUAUCGAGAGUGCAGCGGCGGGGCGGCAUCAGUAUCGGAUGUGGACGCAGAAGCAAGUCCAUCGAGUCCAUCGAGCAGUUGUUUGACACCAGAUUCCCCAUCACCACCACCAACAACCGCCGAUUUUUGCGAAUUUCUACAGCUACAAUUACAGCUGGAUGGUGGCAAUUGCCAUAAUAAUUAUUCUUAUAAUAAUGAACGUACUAUUUGUAAAAAUGUUUGUAGUGGUAUUAUUGGUGAUGGUAAUGAAGCAGAUUUAAGUAGAUUAACAUUAUCUGAUCGUGAACAAAGAGAACUUUAUCAAGCAGCAAGAAUGAUACAAAAAGCUUAUCGUAAUUAUAAAGGAAGACAGAGACAAGAAGAAGCUGAAAGACAUGCAGCUGUACUUAUUCAACAGUACUAUAGACGACACAAACAAUAUGCUUAUUACAGACAAGCAACAAAAGCGGCACUUGUUAUACAGAGUAACUAUCGUAAUUACCGAGCACGUCCAGGUUCAACUGGAACAAGGCAGCAAUCUGUUCAUCAGCAGGCAGCUCAUCAAGCUGCCAGAAAAAUUCAACAAUUUAUGCGACAAUCUAAAAUUAACUUGUCGUGGGACGAUUCACGACCGACUGCAGAACGCCAGGGCCGUCGCAAACGUGAACGUGAGGCAGCAAGCUCACAAUUCACGGGCGGUUGUUGUCCUCCAAAGCUCGCUCUUAUCUAGCCCAGGUGCCAGCCCAGAGGCCAACUGAUUGUCAAGCAUGUCACAAAUCAAAGUAAAAAUACAACACACUAAAUAUUAACAGUGUGAUAAAAUAAAAAAAAUACAAAAAAGUAUAACACCAAUAUGUUAAAGAAAAACUUGUCUCUCUGAAUUCCAAAUUUUUGGCCGUCCGUCACGUACCUUCGAUAUUUUUUCUUCAACUUCGAAAUAUAUAUAAAAAAAAAUCAAAAAAAUGUCGAAUGAAAAACUGGGUCAACUGCAAAAUAAUCAGAUCCAGACCGGAAUCUAAAAAUGCUGAACUUUUUGAAGUUACAUUUUCUCUAUUUCUUUUGUUUUUUUUUCUUUUUUUUUUUGUACUUUUAUUUUUCUACCAAGUAAAUUGCAAAUAGAACAACGAAGUUUCUUAUUCAAAACUUAAAAAUUUAUCCUAAAAGAUUCUGAAAAAUUUUAUUUUUUAUGGUCACUAAGGAAGAUAAAGUUUUUUUUUUUUCGACUGUUUCCUUUGUUCUUUUUUAAAAUGCAAAACUUGGAUUAAUUGUUGAUGAGAUUAGAUAAAUUUUUGAUGUUUCUCUGCUGAAAUUAAUGAAACAUUGUUUUAUUUUCCUUAAUUUAAUGAGUCUAUUGUGUUUAUGAUUUUUAAAAAUAAAUUUAAACUAUUUAUUUUAUUAAUUUAUUUGUUUUUAAAUCAAUAAAAGACAUAGAGAAUACUUGUGAAAAAUAAAACUAGCUCACGUUAAGCUAAAGAAAUAAAUUAAAAAUUAAACAAUAUUUAAAAAAAGUUUGAUAAUUAAUAAUAUACAUAAUGUGAUAAAUCCAUGGUGAUCCAAGAAAGUAUUUCCGAAGCUCCGUGAAUGUAAAAUACAAAAUGAAAAUAACGAUACAAAUGUUGAACAAUCGUAAAAUGGUGCAUAAUAAUUAAAUAGAUAAAUUCAAAAAUGUUUUAAUUCCAAUAAUAUUUUUUAAUUAAUAAAACAUAAAAACUUUUUUUUUAUUAAUUUAUUAUUAUAUAUAUUUUUUUUCUCUACAAUAAAUUACUACUAAUCAUUAUUUUAUUUUUAAAUAUAAAAAAUAGCGUAAACUUUGAGCUUUGAACUUUUAAAUGAUUCUCAGUCACGCCACUGCAUUUUUUUUUUUUCCAUUUGUAUCAAAUUUUAGAUUGUUUAUCAUUUAAAAUAUUAAACAAAUAAUUACAUGAUAAUUGAGAAAGUUUUAUGAAUGAUUAAAUACCAAUAGUUAUAAUAUUUAAAAAAAAAAUAACAUAUUUAAAUUAAGAAACAGAAAAAAAUAAAAUUGAUUAUAGUUAUUAAGUUUUCACGCUCAAUUCACAAUUUUAAAAACAAUAAUAUUUUGUGAAAUUUAUUAAUACCUUCAUAAUUUUGUCAUUUAUUUGUAGAUUACAGUUGAAAUGCUAGUCAACUUGUAGAAUAAAAAAAUUUUAAUAUUAAAAAAUAUAUAGGCCAGAUAAUACUGAGGAAAAAUAAAACAAAUUCAAAUUACUCGAAUUUUAAAUUUGCAUAAAAGAAAAAAAAUAUUGUGAACGAGUAAUUAAUAAUGAAUAUUAUAAAUAUCAUACAUAAAUUAUUAUACACAUGAGUCAAUUUCAAUGAGCAUAUUUCAUGCUAUUAAAAUUAAAUGAGGGAUUAUUAGAUUUAAAUAACAAAAAUCAAUUUCGAUUUCGAUGAGGAAAAAUUCGGUAGAAAAAAAAGUCGUACAGUAAAAAAAAUAAUAUAAUCUUUCAAUUGUUAUUAAAUAAAAAUUAAUUCAUUAUCCUUGAUUAAUUAAAUGAUACUUAAUAUAAAAAAAAUUGAGAAAGGAAGAAAAAAACGGAAUGAAAAGUAAGAUAAAUUAUUAUUAUAUACAAACUAUUAUGAUAUCUAAUAUUUUUGCUUAUUACAUAUUUAAAAAAAAAAUAUAUAUAUUAUUAAAGUUUAGGAUAUUAUCGAUAUUGAUAAUGAAUUUUUCUCAUUCGAGGUAAUAAAUUAUUAGCCUAUAUAAUGUGCCCUUUCGCACGAAAAAAAAAACUAUAAAUAAAAUACAAAAUAUUUAAAUAAAAAAAUGAAUUUAAUCAAGUACGAAUUAUAUUGAAUUUUACAUAAAAGACAAUUCAUACUUUUUUUUUUUUUUUUCUGAUAGAUUAUUAUUAAUAAGUGAAUUAAUUAAUAAAUUUUUGAUUAAUUUGAAUAAACAUAAAGAUAUUAGAAUACUUGGAAACAGUAUUUUUAACUUAUUUGAGACUUAUAAUUGAAAAAUAAAAUUUAAAUAUAAUUAUGAUAAAAUGAAAAUCUUAGUGCAGUAUUUUUAAAUCUCCAGAUUGAUAUUAAUUAAUUUGGAUUAAUAGUUUUCUUGCUAUUUUCAAUCGUACUACAAAAAAAAAAAAAAACUUAAUUAAUUCACUGAUAAUGCAAGUUUCUAUAUUUAAGAAUUUAAAUCGUAUUUUGCUGAUACAUUAGUUUCCAAAAAUAUUGAAAUUAAAAAAAUUGAAUUAGAUGCUUCAAAAAGAAUUUUUGUCAGUCAAAUUAAAUUAUUCUUGGAUUAAAUUAUUUUACAUUUAAAAUUCAAGUAUAUUUGUGUUUAAAAAGAAUAAUUUAUUUUUCAAUUUUCGAAAUUCAGUUUCUAAUUAAUUUAAAAUAUAUUAAGUAUUUAAAUAAAUUUAAAAAAUAUACUUGAAUUUUAGAUGAAUCUAAAAUAAUUAAAUUCAAAAAAUUAUAAAAUGAAUGAUUACUAGAAAUGAAUAAAACAACAAGAAAAAUUGCAAAAAAAAAAAAAACAAAAUAUAAAUUAAAUAAAUAAAAAUUUUUAAAUUUUACAUAAGAAAGCCAAGAGUCAAAGAGGACUAGAUGAUAGGUGCCGCAUGGCCUAAUUGCUGCCACUUUAAUUAAAUUUUAAAUGAUUAAUCAUAACUUUAUUACUACUGCGAUUUAAUGAAAAUAAUAAUAAUAGUAAUAAUUAAAAAAAAAAAAAAAUUACAGAGAGAUUCAAAUGAUAAAAUAUAAAAAAAUUUUAAAAAAUAUAAAAUAUUAAUACAAUUGAAUAAACAAUGAUUAAAAAAUGUCAUGUCACUUUACAAUUAAUUUUUAGAAUGCAACAUGACAAUUAUUCAUAGAAAUUAGAAAAGAAAAAAUACAUACAUAAAAUAUUUCUCUUUCAAAUCAAUAUUUAAAUUACACUAGACGUGAAAAUAAAAAUAAAAAUAAAAAACAAUAUUUAAUUUCAAUUAUUCAGUCUAUAGAAAUAAUUCACGGGUUUUGAAAUUUUCAAAUGUCGAAAUCGUCAGUCGAGACGAGCUUUGUUGUUAUCAAUUGUUCUCAAGCUCGUCAAUAAAAAUUUAGAAAAUUAUUUUAUAGAAAAUGUAAAAGAUAAAAAAAAAAAAGAACAAUAUCUUCUGUUGAUUAUUAUUAUAAUUAUUGUUCAUUUUCUUAAAAAUUAUAUAUGCAUUUGUUUAUAAUUAUUAUUUAUUAUUUAAAAGUUAUAAUAUGUAAUAUUUCUUUAGCGAAAAAAAAAACAAAAAAAACGUCCAUUUAUCAAUUUUCUCAAAAGAUAAAAAAAUAAAAAACAUACAAAUAAUAUUAAUUAUUGAUAAUUAAAAAGAUAAUAAUUUAUGAAUAGUUUAAAAAGUUUCGAGGAUUAUUUCGACAUAUUUCAUGACUCAGCGUUGUUUUUUUUUUUGUGCAUUGAAAUUUUUUGAUAACCUUGGAUUAAUUAAAAAUAAAUUUGGAUUCAAAUGGACUUAAAAAUAUUAUUAACAAAAAGAUAAUAAUAUUAACAAUAAAUUUGAAAAAAUAAGUUUUACAGUUACGAAGGCAUUAUCGUAAAUUUCGAUGGAACAUUAAAAAAAAAAAAACGCAUUUGCUACUUUA